AAUCCAGCUGCCAAACCCCUGGCCGGGAGAGGCUGGGAGGACUGGCCACCAUGCACAUCUCCUGCAGUCCACUGCUGCUGCUGCUGCUGCUGGCCGCCACUGUGAGUCCCAACGGCGCCCUCAGUGAUGAUGAGAAACGUGCAUUGGUGGAGCUGCACAACCUCUACCGGGCCCAGGUGUCCCCACCUGCUGCGGACAUGCUGCAUAUGAGGUGGGACGAGGAGCUGGCCGCCUUCGCCAAGGCCUACGCGCAGCAGUGCGUGUGGGGCCACAACAAGGAGCGCGGGCGGCGCGGGGAGAACCUGUUCGCCAUCACGGAAGAGGGCAUGGACGUGCCCCUGGCCAUGGAGGAGUGGCAUCACGAGCGCGAGCACUACAACCUCAGCGCGGCCACCUGCGACCAGGGCCAGAUGUGCGGCCACUACACGCAGCUGGUCUGGGCCAAGACGGAGAGGAUUGGCUGUGGCUCCCACUUCUGUGAGAAGCUCCAGGGUGUUGAGGAGAUCAAUAUCCAAUUGCUGGUUUGCAACUAUGAGCCCCCGGGGAACGUGAAGGGAAAGAGACCCUACCAGGAAGGGACUCCGUGCUCUCUAUGUCCCUCUGGCUACCGCUGCGAGAACUCCCUCUGUGAACCCAUCACAGACCCAGAAGAGGCUCAGGAUUUGCCUCACCCGGUAACCGAGGCCCCAGCUUCCCAGACAACCCAAGCUUCAGGCUCUAGGAAAAGCAGUGUCCCUUCUUUCCUGGCAACGGAAACUCCAUCCUCCUUGGUAACAGAGGUCUCAGGCCCCCUGGCAACCAAGGCUCUACCUGCUGCAGAAAACGCGGCCCCAUCUUCCUUAGCAACUGAAGAUUCCCUCUCCAUGGCAACAGAGGCUCCACCUUCCUUAACGACUGAGGUCCCUUCCUUCUUGGCAACUCACAGCCUGUUCUCCCUGGAUGAGGGGCCAGCUACCUUCCCCAAGUCGACCCAUGAUCCCAUCUUCAAAUUGGCAGACAAAGAGGCCAGCAGGACAAUAGUGCCCUCCAAGAGCCCAGACAGUUCUCUGCACCCCAAGAUGUUCUUGACAGGGACACGGGAGCCACUGCCCCACUCCCAGAAGGUGGGCAAGGCUGAGGCCGAGUUGCCUCCUUCCAGUGAGGUCUUGGCCUCAGUUUUUCCAGGCCAGAACAAGACAAGAGAGCUACCGGCCACACUGGACCACAUGGGACACACUUCCUUCAAGUCCCCCAAUGCCUCUGCCACUGCUAAUGUUGUGGGCGGGCGCACCCUGGCUCUGCAGUCAUCUUUGCCUGGUGCAGAGCCUAGUGUCAAUUCAGGGCUGAACUCGGGCCCUGGUCACAUCGGGGGCCCCCUUCUGGGAAUGCUGCUGCUGCCUUCCCUGGUCCUGGCUGGAAUCUUCUGAAGGAGUCACCACUCAAAGGGACAGAAGAUCUCAGUGCUUCCCUGAAACCCCUUGACCCCUCCUCGUCCCCUGGCUUCUUCCUUAAGCCACUGGAGUUUGGGGCUAUUCCCAGGAGUACCUCCUGCCUUCCCAGGCUGAAGAGGUCAGCUGUCCUCCUGCCGUCGACUCCCCACCACCCUGCCUCUCCACUGAAGAUGCUUCUUGGCUGAAGGCCCUCUGAAUGGACAAGGCUGCAGGGCCUGUGCCUCAUCUGCAGACACACCGUGGGGGCACAAGGCCGGCCACCUGGCCCAGACCCCUCCUGCCCCUCCCAUCUCAUUCCCUGGAUGGGUGGGGAUUCAGGGGAGAUCCCUGCCUACUAGGCUUGGGACUCUGCCUCUGCAGGUAGCUGGCUCUCCCUGAGUGCCCCCUCCCCCUACUCGCUGGUGUAGCUGGGGAGGGGUAUUAUGAGGGGCAGAAGGACAAGCUCCAACUGAAUGGGGUUCUACAUGGUGGCGGGGGGGGGGGGGGGGAGGGCAGGCAAGGACCAGGAAAGGGAAGCAGUCCCUGACUCCCGAAUAAAGCCUCUGGAAGAGUA